CUCCUCCUCCUCCUCCUCCCCCACCUCCUCCUCCUCCGCAGCUUCAGCAGCAUCAGCAGCAGGAUCCCAAGAUGGUAGCAGCGCACACUUCUUCGCGUUCGUCGGAAUCUGCCGAGUGGAUUAUUUGUCUCGAUAAGAGACCUGCAGAGCGCUCGGGGGAAGACGUCGACAUAAUCCUGGCUCGUCUGAAAAAUGUGAAGGCCUUCGAGAGAUUCCACACGAGUUUGCUGCAGAAGAUUUGCCUGUGUGGGUUCUAUGAGUGCUUGGAGAAAGGCAUCACAUUGUUCCGCCAAGGAGACAUAGGGACCAGCUGGUACGCCGUGCUGUCUGGCUCGCUGGACGUUAAAGUGUCGGAGACAUCAAGUUAUCAGGAUGCUGUUACUAUAUGCACACUGGGGACUGGCACAGCGUUUGGGGAGUCGAUCCUGGACAACACCCCCCGACAUGCAACCAUCGUCACGCGGGAAUUCAGCGAGCUCCUACGCAUCGAACAGAGGGAGUUCAGGUCUCUGUGGGAGAGAUAUCAUCACUGCAUGGCUGGACUACUCGCCCCACCAUAUGGAGUGAUGGAAAGCAGUUGUAAUUCUGACAGGAUGCCGGACAAAGAGAACAUAAGCAACAACUCAUUUGUUUCAGUCUCCAAACAUCAGAAUAAGACGUCAUUCAUUGAAAGUCCAACCAAACCCCACCCUAAAUGCUUUUCUCAGGUCCCCUCCGAGAAGAUCCUCCGGGCGGGGAAGGUCCUCCGUAACGCCAUCCUCUCCAGGGCGCCUCACAUGAUCAGAGACAGGAAGUACCAUUUAAAGACAUACAGGCAGUGUUGUGUGGGGACAGAAUUGGUGGACUGGCAAAUGCAGCAGAGCUCAUGCGUCCACUCUCGCGUGCAGGCCGUGGGGAUGUGGCAGGUGCUGCUGGAGGAAGGCGUCCUCAACCACGUGGACCAAGAGCUGAGCUUCCAGGACAAGUACCUUUUCUACCGCUUCCUGGAUGACGAGCAGGAGGACGCUCCCUUCCCCGGCGAGGAGGAGGCGAAGGAGAGCCAAGAGGAGCUGCAGGACACCCUACUUCUCCUCUCGCAGAUCGGCCCUGACGCUCACAUGAGGAUGAUCCUGAGGAAACAUCCCUCUGAGAGAACAGCAGAUGAUUUGGAGAUCAUUUAUGAGGAGUUGCUUCAUAUUAAGGCCUUAUCGCACCUGUCCACCACUGUAAAGAGAGAACUGGCAGGUGUGCUGAUCUUUGAGUCUCACGCAAAGGCAGGAACAGUGUUGUUCAGUCAGGGAGAGGAGGGCACGUCAUGGUACAUCAUUUUAAAGGGCUCAGUUAAUGUCGUCAUCUAUGGAAAAGGUGUUGUUUGCACUCUUCACGAGGGAGACGACUUUGGGAAACUGGCUCUGGUCAAUGACGCCCCCCGCGCCGCCUCCAUCGUCCUGCGGGAGGACAACUGUCAUUUCCUGAGAGUAGACAAGGAGGACUUCAACAGGAUUUUGAGGGACGUGGAGGCCAACACUGUGCGUCUGAAGGAGCACGGUCAGGAUGUUCUGGUGUUGGAGAAAAGCCUCAGCGGCAGCCGGACCUCCGUCCAGGGAACCUCGGCCUCCCAUUACAAAUACAAGGUGAUGUCUGGAACGCCGGAGAAGAUUUUGGAGCACCUCCUCGAAAUGAUGCGAUUGGAUUCUCAAUUCACGGAGUCAGAUUCAUCCUUAGAUGACUUUGUGCUCAUGCACUGUGUCUUCAUACCAAACGGUCAGCUAUGCCCAGCGUUGAUAUCUCACUACCACGCUCAGGCCUCGCAGGGCUCUGAACAGGAGAAGCUGGACUACACGCUGAACAACAAGCGCAGGGUGAUCCGCUUGGUGAUGCAGUGGGCCGCCGUGCACGGGGACAAUCUGCAGCAGGAGGACAUCUCGGUGGCCUUCCUCGAGGAGUUCCUCAUGGCGGUGUCCGAUGAUGCAAAAGUUCUUCCAGCUCUCAGGGAUCAACUAACAGACUUGGAGAGGAUCGUAAAGCGCAAUGCCGAAGAUGCCAGGUCCUCACAGAAAAGGACUUGUUCAACUCUGUCACAGCACAAAAUUCUGCUGCGGCAGUUCAGCAUGGGCGAGGAGAAGCUUCAGAAACGUCAGCCCAUCAAGAACAACGAUGAAAUUUUGUUCAAAGUCUACUGCUGUGACCACACCUACACCACGAUCCGCGUCCCCGUGGCUGCCUCAGUCAGGGAGGUCAUCGGCGCUGUGGCCGACAAGCUGGGGUCGGCGGAGGACCUGCUCCUGGUCAACCUCAGUUCGGCAGGAGAGAAAGCCGUCUUUAAACCCAACGAUGUCUCAGUGUUCUCCACGCUCAGCAUGAACGGACGACUGUUUGUCUGCCGGAGGGACCAGUUGGAUUCGUUGACUCCUUUACCUGAGCAGGAGGGGCCGUCUACAGGGUCCCUGUCCAGCUUUGAGUUGAUGAGCUCUAAAGACGUGGCUUACCACAUGACUUCCUACGACUGGGAGCUUUUCAACUGUGUACAUGAGCUUGAACUCAUCUACCACACGUUUGGGAGGCAUUAUGUUAAGAAAACCACCGUGAACCUGGACCUGUUCCUCAGGCGGUUUAACGAAAUCCAGUUUUGGGUGAUCACGGAGAUGUGUCUGUGCUCUCAGCUCAGCAAGCGAGUGCAGCUCCUCAAGAAGUUCAUCAAGAUCGCCGCUCACUGUAAGGAGUACAGGAAUCUGAACGCUUUCUUUGCCGUCAUCAUGGGACUGAGUAACCCUGCCGUGAGCAGGCUCAGUCAGACCUGGGAGAAACUUCCCAGCAAGUUCAAAAAGUUCUACGGGGAGUUUGAAAACUUGAUGGACCCGUCCAGGAACCACCGGGCGUAUCGGCUGACGGUCGCCAAACUGGAACCUCCCAUCAUUCCCUUCAUGCCGCUGCUGAUCAAAGACAUGACAUUUACUCACGAGGGCAACAAAACAUUUAUCGACAAUUUGGUCAAUUUUGAGAAAAUGCGGAUGAUAGCCAACACGGUGAAGAUAGUGAGAUACUGUCGAAGUCAGACAUUCAGUCCAGAUUCACCUCUGGCCAGCAAGAACCACCCCGACGUUUGGACGUACGUUCGCCAGCUCAACGUGAUCGACAACCAAAGGACGCUGACCCAGCUCUCCCAUGGACUCGAGCCCCGCAGGUCCUGAAACCACCCAGGGACAGAAAUGUUACACUCUGAUGCUGCUUUCACGACACAACAUGUGCUUACGUUUAUUACAAAUUAACUCCAAUACGGUUCAAUCACAUGGAGGACCUAAUGACGUAUCGGAUAAUGAGAUAUUGUUUCAGAAGCCUUUGCCUGACUUGUUAAGCCUUUAUUACAGUAAUUUGUGAUAUUUUAACAACAGUAAUUGUUAGCGGGUGAAGUACCUCUCAUAUCAUGCAGACAUCAUAUCAUCUCCAACCCAGACAAUUGAAGAAAUUAGGGAUCUUUGGGGGGGAUCUCAUUCAUCAGAUUAUUGUGUAACAUUUUCAGAAGUAAACACUAUGUGAUGCUUUAACAACACCAGUUAUCAAUAUUCCUGAUAUUCAGUUGUUUCGUAUCUUUUGUAUCAAACAAUAUUUGUACGUAUUUCAGCUUGUGGGACUCUUAUGUGUAGUAAAUUAUAUACAGAUAUUUAUUUUGGCAUCAGCAUGCAGAGGAUUAUUAUUGUUUGACUUUUUAUUCACGUGAGCGCAUAUCUCUCUGAAAGCAUAACUGUCUGAAAAACCUUUUGUGUGCUGUAAAUAUUAAAUAUUUUAGAUGUA